UUCAAAUGCUAUUUACAGUACACAGAUACUUCACUAAACCCUAACACUUAAUUCCUCAACAGCAUUGAUGUAAUACCAACAGGCAGGCUGAGUGUUUUAGGAAAUAUCCAAUUGUUUUAGCAAAAAUCAGAAGUUCUUGAGCGAGGGUUUCAUCUGAAAGCUACUAGGGUUUUUGCAAGUUUACACAACUGCUAUGGCGAAAAUGGAUUCUGAUGACUUUGAGGAAUUUUCGAUUAUAGGAGAGGAGCACGAGGAUCUCUAUGAAGCCGUCGUUUCGCGUUUUCAAAACUCUCAAGCUCCCCAACACAAGCAUCUCUGCGCCGUUGUGGAGGGCAUGGCUCAGGUCAUGAAAGAUCAGAAUCUGCCCCCUUCUUCUACUGCAUAUUUUGCAGCCACAAUGGCCUCUCUUGACCGUCAAAUCAAGCACGGGUUAUUAACAUCUGAAGAUGACGGGGAUCCCGUCAUUACGGCGCUCUGUAUUUUUUUAGCCAUGGUUUUGCCCAAGGUUUCAUCGGCUGUAAUAAAAUCAAAAUGGAGGUCUUCGAUUAACACGCUUGUUAAGCUUUUGAAGAAUAGUUCUUGUGUAUCCGCCGGUGCGGCCAGGGCCGGAAUGAAGUGCAUUGCAAGCUUACUUUCUGUGGCGGACACUUCGAAUUGGCCCGUAAUUGCUCCUGCAUAUGGAAUUCUUUUGAAUUAUUCUACCGACCGUCGUCCCAAGGUGAGAGGAUGUGCACAUUUGUGUCUAGAGGAUGUCUUGAGAAGCUACCAAGGUUUGCCUGUGUUAGGAUUGGCAAGCGAAGGAGUUGGAAAUCUAUUUGAACAGUUCCUUCUUAUGGCAGGUGGAUCAAAUGCUGGUGGGACUAUAGGGAAAAUUCAAGCAGAUUCAAAUGGUGCUAAUGGUGCCAUGGAAGUUCUACACAUCCUUCAUGCCCUUAAGAUUAUUUUGCCAUUAAUGUCAGGAAAAGUUAUUUCAAAACUUCUGGCACAUUUCAAAUUGCUGAUGCAAUUGCGUCAACAAUUUCUUACAAGGCAUGUCAUGAACAUAUUGUAUGCCCUAUGUAUCCAUCCAAGUGCUGAUGUUCCCACUACGGAACUUACAGAUUUGUUGGGUUGGCUUGCUUCAUCUUUUUUCUCUGAUGAGAAAUCAGCUGAUGAAAUAAUGUUUGCAGCACGAUUACUGGACCAUGGCAUGAAAAAGAUUUAUGAUCUUGAUAAGAACUUAUGCACAGUUAAGCUUCCUUAUGUCUUCCAUUCGCUUGCAGAGGUACUGGCAUUUCAACAUGAAGAAGCAAUAUACGCUGCUUCAGAGGCUUUGCGAUCUCUUACUCAGAACUGUAUAGAUGAUAACAUGAUCAAUCAGGGGGUAAGCGAAAUCCAGGUGCAGACUGCUGUGCGCAAGUCAGGACCAACUCCAAUUGAGAGGAUAUGCACAACUGCAGAGAGUUUGCUUGGCUAUCAAUUCAGCACAUCUUGGGAUUUGGCUUUGCAAGUGGUUUCUGUACUCUUUGACAAACUAGGGGAAUCUUCUUAUUUUCUCAUGAGGGGUGUCUUGAGAAGUUUAUCCGACAUGCAGAAUUUGUCAGAUGAAAAUCUAACAUGCAGAAAACAGCUGCACAAAAGUGUUGGUUCAGCUGUUGCUGCAAUGGGUCCAGAGAAACUUUUGCAUAUACUACCUCUGAACUUAGACUCUGAAGAUUUGUCGGAGUCCAACAUUUGGUUGAUUCCCAUACUGAAACAACACACAAUUGGAGCUAGUCUGAAGUUCUUUGCUGAGCACAUUCUCGGUUUAGCAAGGAAACUGCAUGAGAAGUCCAUGCUGCUUGAAACAGAGGGGCGUCCGGUUGCUUCACGAAACAGACAAGCCUGUGCUCACUCUCUGUGGGCAUUAUUGCCAUCAUUUUGUAACUACCCUGUGGAUACAGCUCAGAAUUUUCAGUUUCUUGCAAAGACAUUGGGUGAUGCACUUGUUAAAGAACCAGAAUUACGUGGCAUAAUCUGCUCAAGCUUGCAGAUACUAAUACAACAAAACAAAAGGCCUCAGGACAAAAGCCAAGGUGGCUCAAAUAUUGUUGAAGAUUUUGAAUAUUUGGAAGUUAGUGAUGCUGAGCAAAGAGCCAAGUUUCAUUAUACAUCAGAAGUUUCACUUAAGAAUAUGAAGGCUUUGACCUCAUAUUCACGGAAGUUUCUCUCAAUUUUGUUUAAAAUCUUUAUCUCAUCUCCACCAGACAAGCGUGGAUAUUUGCAGGCUACCAUUGCAGACAUAGCUUCUGUAUCUGAUAAGUCCCUGAUCAAAGACUUUUUUAUCACUGCAAUGCAAAAGCUUCUCAAAGUAACACAAGAAGCAGCUAGAUCUGUGCAAGCAAGAACUUCAUCUUCGAUGCUGAUAGAUGGUUCAAAUGGUGUUGCUAAUGCCACCUCAACAAGGGCUCAACUUUUGGAUCUUGCAGCAUCUCUUCUGGAAGGUUUAGAUGCUGAAUGUGUUAGUAUGCUAUUUAUUGCUACAAAGCCAGCUUUGCAGGAUAAUGAGGGAAUGGUCCAGAAGAAAGCCUAUAAGGUUCUUGCAAACAUUCUGAGGGAACACAAAGAUUUUCUUACAAAUAACUUUGUUGAGAUAUUUGAUCUUCUGGUCACGACAAUGACAUCCUGCCAUUUUUCUGCCAGACGGCAUCGGCUUGAUUGUUUGUACUAUUUAAUCAUUCAUAUUUCAAUGACUACUGAAGAGAAGAAAAAUGAAGGUGUUGCACAUUUCCUUACUGAAAUACUUCUUGCAGUAAAGGAGUCUAAUAAAAAGACACGGACUCGGGCUUAUGAGCUGCUAGUCAAAAUUGGUCACUGCCUGGAGGACUCAGAAAGUGGAGGUUCAAAGGAGAAGCUGUGUCAGUUUUUUAACAUGGUGCUUGGGUGUCUGGCUGGUAGUACACCACAUAUGAUGAGUGCAGCAGUAACUGGGCUGGCAAGGCUGAUCUACGAGUUCUCUGAUCUCUGCUUGACAGUGCCCAACUUACUUCCAUCUGUGUAUAUGCUUUUGCAAAGUAAUAACAAGGAAGUUAUCAAAGCAACAUUGGGACUAAUGAAAGUGGUUAUAGCCAGACUUAGUGGAGAGGAGCUGCAAAAGCAUAUAAGAUGUAUCGUAGAGGGUUUAUUGCUUCGGUCAGAUGACUCAAAAACUCCAUUCAAAGCAAAGAUCAGGUUGCUGCUUGAAAUGCUGAUACGAAAAUGUGGUCUAGAGGCUGUUAAAGCUGUGAUGCCCGAGCAACAUAUGAAGCUCCUUACAAACAUAAGAAAGACCAAGGAACGUAAAGAAAAGAAGAAAAGUUCCUCAUCCCAACAUGGAGAAGAUGAAACCAAAUCCUUGCAUUCACGUGCAUCUACAUGUAGGCGAAGUAAGUGGAACCACACAGAUGUAUUUUCUGAAUUUGGAGACGAGGACAACGAUGACAGUUGUGAAGACAUGGAUUGUAGAACUACUGAAUUUGGAGUGAAGAGUUCAAUACCAAAGUCAAAAUCUUCUACAUUACGGUCAAGAAAUAUCAGAAAAUCAAACAAGAGGCUCCCUGAAGAUUGCAUGGAUAUUUUAGAAAAUGAGCCUCUUGACUUAUUAGAUAAGCAGAAAACUAGGGCUAUGUUGAAAGUGGGGAAACGGAUGGACCAGAGAUUUGACAGUGAUGAUGAACCAGUUCUUGCUCCUGAUGGUCGUUUAGUUAUAAGCGAGGAAGAGUUGGGGCAUUCACGAAAGAGGAGAGCAAAAGAUGACGAAUUGGGAGAAGACACAGAUGGUGGAAGUCAGUUCAGCAGGCAGUCAAAAUCUCAAACCACUUCUGCAUCAAUGUCAAAAUCUCGUGAAAAGCGACGCAAGACUUCUGCAUCCGGAUGGGCUUAUACUGGUAAUGAAUAUAAAUCCAAAAAAGCUAGCGGUGAUAUUAAGAAAGAAGGAAAACUUGAGCCAUAUGCAUACUGGCCACUUGAUCGCAAGAUGCUAAAUCGGCGAGAAGAAAAGAGGGCAAUUGCCAAAAAGGGCUUGUCCAGUGUGGUGACACUUACUAAACAGCUGCAAGGCAAGAGUGUAAAGCAUGCAUUGUCAACGACAAGAAUAAGGAAGCAAAAAUCUCACAAGGGUAAGAGCUACAGAAAAAGCAAAUAAGGCUCUGUCUGGGGAGGCGUUGAUGAGGUAUUUUUAAAAUAGGCAUGGUAAUGUUUGUAAUAUUUUUCUUACCAAGUGCCAAGAUUAUAAGCUUGUCUUUUUUGAAAAUAAGAUUGCUUAUGCAUUUAAAAUGUUACAACUGCGAGCUUAUGUUUUUAAGUGAUCAUAAUGUCAAGCUAUGCUUUGGUGAACAAUGCACAAAAUAGUGAUUAGUAGUAAAAUUGCAACAAAAUUGCAAUGUGGCCAUUUAAGAUAUGUCAGAUUGAUUUUCAUUGGAAGAAAGAGUGUACUUGUAUUUCAAUUUCAAAUUUAGAUUUUUCAGAUUUAUAAUUCUGAGAUAGGUCUGUUUUAAAGUUUGUUGUUGUAUGAGUUUCGGCAGCAACUUCAAUUCAGAUGUAUGGACAUUUCAACUUGAUAAUAUGCAUGAUAAUAAUGAGGGAAGUUUAAUUUAUAGACACAUCGACUGCAUGUGUCAAGGAAGAUUUUGGAAGA